AUGCAAGCGAUGAGUGCAAACGCGGGCGCGCCGCGAGCGCCGCAGCGGUCCCCGUUUGCCAUACAAGAGUUACUCGGCCUAUCGGACAACCGGGAGCCCCGCGAACGGUACUUCGAGAGCCGCGACGACCGAGUGUUGAACCUGUCGGAGCGGGAGCGGUACGCGCCGCAGUUCCCGCUGCCGGCGUCGGUGGCCAGCAGGGUAGCGUAUGCGGCCGCUUUCAACGCGCAAGCGGCGGUCGCGGCCGCUUUCUUGCCGGGCCCGCCCCUUCUGCACCCACCGCCUGGCAUGGACUUGGUGGGGCGAGGUGUGAGCGAGUUGGCCGGUCCGCGAACAUGUUCCACCAUGUCAGCACAUGGGUUCCCGCAAAUCAAGUCGCCGUACAGCCCCUCAGCGCAACCACAUCUCACAGGAAAGUGGCUGGAGUGCGGGGCGCGGGGGGUUUGUCCCUCGUGCCCCCCCUCCCCCCCGCGUCCCUUCGUCGUGCCCCUCUCCCUAUCCUCGCCCGAUGCGGGCUUUGUCUCAGUAAUGAAUCCGGCAAACACCAAACGUCACAGCGCAGCCGUCAACCACGCCGAUACCAUAAAUCAUAUGGCAUCUAUUAGCCAUCGCAACUUCAACCCUACCAACGUACUUACACAGCAGAAAAUUCAACAACACCCCCUCGACAAACCCUCUGCCCGAGCCGAGAGCCUCCGAGAAUUUGCUUAG